AUGGCAGACACUGAGAAAGCAUCCUCCCACAACCAAUUAGAUGACCAUGCCGCCGGCUCAGUCAUCCAGGUCAAUCGCAGUGAGACAACUCGCGGUCUCAAGUCCAGGCACAUCCAAAUGAUAGCCCUGGGCAGUGCCAUUGGAACCGGAUUGUUCGUCGGCAGUGGCGUGACAUUGUCCAAGGGCGGGCCCGCAUUUUUAGUUGCUGGAUACAUCAUCGUCUCACUGUUGGUGUUUUGUGUCGUGACGGCCAUCACCGAAAUGGCGACAUAUCUCCCGGUCAAAGGGGCAACAAUGAGCUACUAUGGCCGCCGUUAUGUCUCUGACAGUCUGGGUUUUGCAAUGGGAUGGCUAUACUUUUACUCGUUUGGUAUCUUGGUACCCUUUGAGAUUACCGCGGCAGGACUGGUGAUUCAGUACUGGAACACGUCAGUCCCCAUUGUAGUCUGGAUUUCAUGCCUCAUUGUCGUCACCUGCUCUCUGAAUUGGCUGCCAGUCAAAUUCUAUGGAGAAUCAGAAUUCUGGUUUGUGUCGUUGAAGGUCAUGUUGAUUCUCGGCCUCUUGAUACUCUCCUUUAUCCUCUUCUGGUGGGGAGGCCCAGAUCAGUCUCGCCUGGGCUUUCACUGGUGGAGGCAGCCAGUGAAUUCUUGGCUUGUCCCCGGAGAUGCGGGAAGAGCCGCAGCUUUUUUCGGCACGGUGAUUAGCAGUGUUUUCCCCUUUAGUUUCGCUCCAGAGAUGGUGAUUGUGACAACGGGUGAAAUGGUCAACCCGCGACGCAAUCUUCCACGCACAGUCUCACGGUUCUUUUGGAGAAUCAUGGUGUUUUACGUCGGUGGAGCGUUGGCCAUCAGCGUAAUCUGCCCAUCAAACGACCCUCGACUGACCAACGGAGGCGCUGGAGCUGAAAGUUCUCCAUUCGUUGUAGGCAUCAAGAGAGCUGGUAUCAAGGGUCUUGAUAGUGUGGUGAACGCAGUCAUUCUCACCUCUGCCUGGUCGUCUGGAAAUGCCUAUUUAUACCUGUCGAGCCGAUCGUUAUACUCUCUUAGUGUUGCUGGACAGGCUCCAGCCGUUUUCAAAAAGUGUCUUCCCAAUGGUCUUCCAUAUGUGGCUGUCGGAACGAGCUCACUAUUUGCUUUGCUUGCUUACAUGAAUGUGAGCAGCAAUGGUUCGGAAGUCUUUACCUGGCUUGUGAAUCUGACCAACACGGGCACAUUUAUUUCUUGGAUCUGCUGUGGCAUCAUCUACCUUCGAUUUCGCAAGGCAUAUCUCAAGCAGAACAAGACCGACCAGAUACCCUGGAGACACUGGUCUCAGCCAGUAGGCUCCUAUAUCGCUAUUGUCGCAUUUGCAAUACUCUGUGGCAUCAAUGGCUUCGACGUGUUUGUCCGAGGAAAUUGGUCUGUUUCAAUCUUUUUGACUGAUUACAUCUCCAUUCCGGUGUUUUUGGCAUUCUACCUUGGCCAUCGCAUUUACCACCACAAGGAUCACUGGUGGCGGCAGGUGGACGAGAUUGAUCUACAAUCUGGAUUGGAUGAGGUGGAAGCUGAAUAUGAUGCUGAAGAUGCGAUUAAUCCCCCCAAGAGGAGGAUUAUGAAUAUACUGGCGAGCCCUUUUGCGUAA